AUGUCGGCAACACUCUUCUACCUCUUCGACCGCAAGAAGAACGCCCAGUUCCGCGAGGCAUGCCGGCGGGACCCCUACCUCACACGCAAGGAGUUUGUGCGCCGCCGCAAGCUCAGCGCCGUCGAGCGCCUCGAGGAGGAGGAGCUGCAGCGCAGCAUCAUGAUCCGCAAGUCGCUCGCCAGCCGCGAGCCCUCGAGGCAGAAUAGCUACGAGGAUUUCAACAUGGCGCGGCUGCAGCAGCAGCAACAGCAACAAGAACAUCAACGUGGCCGCCAGAUGCCCGAGGUCUGGAUGCCGAGAACGCGGCCCGGGUCGGAAGUCUAUGUGCCGAGGAUGAGGUCCGGGUCGGAGACGUCCUCGUCGGCUUCGUUCGCUUCGUCUGCGCGGCACCCCUACGCCGAGCCCCAUCCCGGUGUGGAGGUUGAAAUCCCGCUGGCCCCGCACUCGGGGUCGCCGUCGCCGAGCCGGACGCCGUCCGUCAUGAAGGUCUUCCCCCCUCCAGUCGUAUCGGAGAUGGAAGAGAUGGAAGGUAUCUCGCGACCGCUGCCGUCAUUCCAGAAGCCUUAG